AUGGAUAUUCUUCGCAGUGCCUUUGGAUGCUUCUCAGAAACCGCCUCUUUCCACUGGCUAUAUGAAAUUCCAAAUGAGACUUCCCUGCGUCGCCAAAGGAAUGGGAAACUUCUUGGUUCGAAACCUUUGAUCCUAUGCCGCCUGUCUGAAAAUAAAUAUAAGCAAGGCACCUAUGACUACGAAUCCGAAGGCCAAGCAUGCGGAUUUGACAUGGUUUCCCACUUUUCUCAGAGUCACUGGGCAAUAGAAAAGUAUACAAGCACAUUUCCAAUCUACAUAAAGAUACCAACCAGGUAUCUACUUCAAAGACAGGGCGUCGGCGAUCCUCUACUAUUAAGAGACAGAUAA